AUGCCUUCCGCUUGGCGUCCCUCCCUGUGGCGAGUGCAGGCGGUGAGGAUGCAGAUAGGGGGGUGGAAGCACGUGUGCGUGCGCUUCACGCGGUACAACGUGACGCUCGUCAGCAUCCGCACCGGCUACCUCGUCAACAACCCUCACACGGUGCGCCUCCUGCUGCUCGCUCCUUCCCCGGAUAACCACACCUACCCCAACCCUCGGUGGACUCGGGUGCUGCCACUCACCCGAGCCGCCAUCUUCACCGCUGGCCACUGGUUCUUCCACGAGAUGCAACCUCCACCGUUGGAUCAAAUGCAGUCCACAUUCACCCUCACUCGCGACCAUCUGCACCACUCCAAUUACACCGGCCGCGCUCUAGCACUCUCCUUCUCCCCCGCCCACACUAGAAAGUCCUGUGCUGCAGCCACAGCCCCUCUCCCUGCCUCCAGGCCUGAUGCUGCUCUAGCGAGUGUGACUACAGAGAGCACCAUGCCUGCUCUCAGCGCGCAGAGGAGGGCGCUGCAGGAGUCCAGGCUGCGGCUGGUGGAUGUGACUAAAAUGAGUCGGUUCCGGCCUGAUGCGCAUUUAAGGAGGAACUCUGGGCUGGGGAAGCUCGACUGCAGCCACUGGUGCCUACCCGGUGUGCCUGACACGUGGAGUAACCUCAUCGUCUCACACCUUCUGGGGCGGCUGGAGUGA